AUGAGUUACAACCUUCGGGGAAUUUCCAAGGAACGACUUAUAUCCAGGGACGACUUACGACCUUAUAGACCUCUAGAGACGACCUACGACGCUGAGAAGCUCCCGGAGCCGACCUACGACCCACCAUGGACUCCCAGAGACGACCUUACGACCAGAGGACCUCCCAGGGACGACCUACAACCCCUGAGACUCUGGGACGACCUACGACCCGACAGGACGACCUACGACCCCUCUUGCCGAUCUCCCAGAGGACCUCCCAGAGACGACCUACGACCCAGAGGACCUCCCAGAGACGACCUACGACAAAUGACCUCCAGAGACGACCUACGACCCCUGAGACUCUGGCGGAGACGACCUACGACCCCUAAGAACCCGCCGGAGACGACCUACGACCGACAGCUUUAG